AAACAAGAAAAUAUUUGUGAAUGCAAAAGUGAUCACGAACCCUUUUGACAGGAAUUGACAGUCUUGCUUUACAACAUGGCCACACCACUUAACAAACCAAGUGAUGAAGAUAUGAUUACAUCAGCAGAAACAUUUAAGAUGGAAGGAAAUGAAUAUUUUAAAAGCAAGAAUCUUAAAAAAGCUAUGGGAAAGUACCAUAGAGCUAUUCUGCAGCUUAAAGGAGUGGGUUCGGAUGAAAAGAUGAGUGCAGUAAUGGGAAUGGAUAGUCAACCUAGCAAGAAACUUUCGCCACAACUUGAAGAGAAAUUUAACAAGUUAAAAACUGAUUGUUAUAACAAUCUUGCUGCUUGUUUGCUGCAAGAAAAAGAGCCAAACUACAGUAAAAUAGUGGAAUACUGUGAUGAGGUACUUCAGGUUUCUCCAGGGAAUAUCAAAGCACAACACAGAAAAGGUGUGGCCUUGUAUCACUUAAAAAAGUAUGAAGAAUCCAUGUCAACAUUACAGAAAGCAGAUCAAACUGAUUCAUCAACAAAGAAAUAUCUUCAGAUGUGCAAGAAAGCAAUUGAAAAGCAAGACAUUGAACUGCAAGCUACUUAUAAAGCCAUGUUUCGAUCGUCGAAACCCAAUUCAUCUAGUGCAAAUUGUGACAAUGUUAAUGGUUUGAAUAGCAAGGAAAUAAAUCAGAAUUCCCCAGCUGAUUCAAUAAAUGGUCAUGCAAAGAUCAAAGAGAUCAGCUGAACAUUAAUUUGGCUUACUCAGGAACAUGGACCAUUCCAGUGCCAACAUUUGUGAUGAAGAGUUGUGGGAAAUGCAUACUCCAAUAAUUCCACUCUUCUUGGUGCCCAAUGUGCUUAUUUAGCUUUUUAGAUUUGUUCAUAUUUAAUAAACACAAAUUAGAAUUUCUGUGUCACUUUAUUUAUUGAUAAAUAAAUAAAUAAAUGACAA